UGUACUUGGUCGUACGUCGUCAUAAUGGAACGACCGCUUAUAAUUUCGCUCGAUUUAGAUGACAGCAGUUAGUGUUAUCUCCAGUUACAUCGUUGCGAGCAUACAAGUUUAGGGUCUAAUACGCAGCAUCGCAGAUGCAAUUACAUCGUUCUAUCUGUUCCAUAAUUCCUAAUCAGUAACAAUUAUUUGUGAUAAUUGAUCAGCAAUUGCAGAACAAUGGGACCCUUUGAAAUUCUAUGCGGCAUUGCCGCUGCAGUUCUUGCACUUUAUUAUUUCCUCACGUCAACUUAUAAUUUUUGGAAAUUACGUGGCAUUCGUGGUCCACGACCAAUACCAGGACUUGGUAAUUUUAAAGACGUUAUGUUUAAUAACAUAUCAGCGGGCGAUUACUUAACAGAAAUGUAUAACGAGUACAAAGAUGAACCAUUAAUUGGGAUAUUUGCGAGAAAAACACCUCUUCUCAUUGUAAAAGACCUAGACCUUGUUAAGGAUAUUCUUAUCAAAGAUUUCGCCAUAUUUGCUGAUAGAGGACUUCCCAUUUUCGAGAAGACUGAACCGUUGUCACAACAUCUCUUUUCUUUGGAACCAAAGAGAUGGAGACCAUUGAGAGUAAGGCUGUCGCCUGUUUUUACAUCUGGUAAACUAAAGGAAAUGUUCUCCUUAAUAUCAAAAUGUGCCGACCACCUUGUCGAAUACAUGGAGAAAAUAGCGAACAAAGACGAACCCGUAGAAUGCCGCGAGUUAACUGCUAAAUAUACGACCGAUGUUAUUGGUAAUUGUGCCUUUGGCAUCGACAUGAAUGCAUUGUCAAAUGAGAACAGUGAAUUUCGCAAGAUGGGAAGAAAAGUAUUUACUAUGACCUGGACAGCUUUGUUACGAAUAAGAAUCAGACAAAUGUCUCCGCGGCUUUACGGAAUGCUCGGUUAUGUCUUGCCUCAAACAGAUGUUACAAAAUUUUUCACACGUGUUAUCACGGAAAAUAUGAAUUACAGAGAAACAAAUAAUAUCAUAAGAAAUGAUUUUAUUGAUAUGUUGCGCGAAUUGAAAAAACAUCCAGAUAAAUUGAGCGAUAUUGAUUUGACAGAUACUUUAAUAGCUUCUCAAGCAUUUGUAUUCUUUCUCGCUGGUUUUGAAACGUCGUCGACAACUAUUAGCAAUGCGCUUUAUGAGUUAGCAUUAAAUCAAAAAGUCCAAGACAAUCUACGUAAAGAAAUUAAUGAAGUCUAUGCAAAAUACGGUGAAGACUUAACAUACGAUAAUAUCAAGGAAAUGGACUAUUUAAAUAAAGUCUUCAAAGAAACACUACGAAAAUAUCCGCCAGUGACAUUUCUUAUGAGACAAUCCAUGUCGAGUUAUGUUUUCGAUGGUACCAAAAUUAAUAUACCGAAAGACCAAAAAGUAUGGAUUCCCGUUUACGCGAUUCAUCGAGAUCCGAAUAUUUAUCCUAAACCAGAUGUCUUCGAUCCAGAAAGAUUUAACGAUGAAGCUGAGCGAAGCAGACACCCAAUGUCUUUUCUACCUUUCGGCGAUGGACCACGGAAUUGUAUUGGAUCUCGCUUCGCUAUUUAUCAGACUAAAGUUGGUCUUGUAAAAAUACUACGAAACUACAAAAUUGUAACUUGUGAGAAAACUCCAAUACCUUACGUGAAUAAUCCUAAAGCAUUUUUAUUAGCACCAAAAGAUGGACUUUACUUAAAAAUAGUUAAAAUUAAUCAAACUUCUAUUAAAGAUUUUUGGACGAUGGGAUCUCUCGAAAUUCUAUGCGGUAUUACCGCACUAAUUCUCGCUUUUUAUUAUUUUCUCACCUCAACCUUCAACUUUUGGAAAUCACGUGGCAUUCGUGGUCCACAACCUACACCAGGAUUCGGUAAUUUCAAAGAUGUUAUAUUAACAAAAAUAUCUGCGGGUGAAUACGUGACAAAAGUAUAUAAUGACUAUAAAGACGAAGCAUUGAUUGGGAUAUUCGCUAGGAUGACACCUGUUCUUAUUGUAAAAGAUCUGGAUUUAAUUAAGGAUGUCCUUAUCAAAGAUUUUUCUAAAUUUGCUCAUAGAGGACUGUUUACUUUUGAAAAGGCCGAGCCACUAUCGCAACAUCUCUUCUCUCUGGAGCCAAAGAGAUGGCGUCCAAUGAGAAUGAAGCUGUCGCCCGUUUUUACAUCUGGUAAAAUAAAAGAGAUGUUGUCCUUAAUAUCAGAAUGUGCCGACCACCUUGUCGAAUAUAUGGAAAAAUUAGUGAGCAAAGGCGAACCGAUAGAAUGCCGUGAGCUAACUGCUAAGUAUACAACCGAUGUCAUUGGUAGCUGUGCUUUCGGUAUCGACAUGAAUGCAUUGUCAAACGAAGAUAGUAAAUUCCGCAAAAUGGGAAGGAAAGUUUUCAAUCCAUCGAGAUUACAUAUGCUACGAAUAAGAAUCAGGGAAAUUUUUCCGCGAUUUUACAAUAUGCUCGGUUAUUUCAUACCGCAAACAGAAAUUAGCAAGUUUUUCACAGGUGUCAUCACGGAGACUAUGAAUUAUAGAGAAACGAAUAAUAUCACUAGAAACGAUUUCGUUGAUACGUUGCGUGAAUUAAAGAAGUAUCCUGAUAAGUUGGGCGAUAUUAAUUUAACAGAUAGUUUACUAGCUUCUCAAGCAUUCGUAUUUUUUAUUGCUGGCUUUGAAACGUCAUCCACGACUAUUAGUCACGCGCUCUAUGAGUUAGCAAUAAAUCAAAAGAUACAAGAAAAGCUACGUGAAGAAAUUGAUAUGGUCUACACAAAACAUGGUGGAGAUUUAAUACGUGAUAAUAUAAAAGAAAUGAAUUACUUAGAUAAAGUUUUCAAAGAAACCUUACGAAAAUAUCCUCCGGGGACACUUCUCUUGAGACAAUCUACGUCAAAUUAUACUUUUAAUGGUACCGCAGUUAGUAUAUCGGAAAAUCAAAAGGUAUGGAUUCCUGUUUAUGCGAUUCAUCGAGAUCCGAGUAUUUAUCCAGAGCCGGAUGUCUUCAACCCAGAAAGAUUUAACGACGAAGCUGUGCAAGAGAGACAUCCGAUGUCUUUCCUACCUUUCGGCGACGGACCAAGAAAUUGCAUUGGUGCUCGCUUUGCUAUUUAUCAAAGUAAAGUUGGUCUUAUAAAAAUAUUACAAAACUACAAAGUUGAGACUUGCGAGAAAACUCCAAUACCCUACAUAAGUGAUCCUAAGGCGUUCGUAUUAUGUCCAAAAGAGGGCGUAUAUUUGAAAAUAACCAAAAUUAAUUGA